CAUACAAACUCGUAUUUUAUAUCCUCGACGCGAAAAAAACAGUAUACGUGAAUAUUCGUAAAGCACACAGUUAGCAGUCAGCUAGCUAGUUAGCUAAUAGCUAAUGCUAGCUAUUUCCAGUCACUGCUGUAACGGUCUCUUAGCAUCGCUGUGAUAUCUGAUAGCAGUAGCCGGAUUGUUCAACACCAGCAUACGCUGUCAUCGAUAUUACGAGCUCGAUUCGUGUAAAAGUAAACUGGCUGUUGAUGGUGAAUAAGACACUUGAAGAGGGAACGACAAGGAUGUCUGAAGAUCUCUUUUCAUCUAUUGGAUCAUCAGUUGUAUCAGCUAACUUCAAGAAAAGGAAAUCACGCUUUACGUUUUCUGAGGUUCAGCUUCUGCUGACCGAGGUGAAGAGAAAUCGCCACAUACUGUUGGGUAAAUUCAAUCAGAGAGUCUCCAGUGAUGUUAAGAAGCGAACAUGGGCCGCUCUUGCAGCUCGUAUCAACGAGAUCAGUGAGUGUCACAGAGAGGUCAUUGAGAUUGUGAAGAAGUGGUCUGAUCUCAAGUGUGACACCAAACGCAAGGUGGCAGCCAUGAGAGCCUCCGGGGUAUCUGCUGCUCGGAUUACCGACGACCUUUCUCCUGUAGAGAGAAUAGUGGUCCAGAUUCUCCAAUCUGGACCAGGGGAGAAGUUCCCGCUAUCAGACAGUGUUGCAGAUGAGGAUGAGGACAGCCAAGGUGUCUCGGUGAUACCACUGCCCGUUCCAGGUACGGCAAAUGGCAGGCUGUCCGUCAAGCCACAGGGUAUGCCACACAACUCUGGGAUGAUCAGUGAAGGAGUUACAGAUCUGAAACUGGAUAUGCCUUGCAAUUGUUUGCAUCAUGUGAUAAGAUGUGUCUUGUUCUUGAUCGGUCUAGAUGAUUCUGCAGUGCCUAUUGCCGACUUUGAACCAUCAGACACAAAAGGCCACGGCCUAGGAGUCAGUAAAGCAGAAUAUCAGUCUGAUUCAAACAAGAUACUUCCUGAACCACCCAGCCCUAAAAGAAACAUGAUCAAAAUUGAAACACAGACAAAGGCAUCAAGCAAUAGUACAGAUCAAACAGAAAGUGCUUCCCGUGCGUCUGUGAACUGUCUUGCAUCACAUGGCCUUGGCAGUCUACGGGAGCAUCUCGCCAAGAACGCCUCCCUCAGCUUAGAAGAGCAACAAGCCACAACUGUGCUGAUAGGAACAUUGUCACGUUCACUGGAGUCGGUGGCCGAGUCGGUGCAGCGGUUAGUGCAGACACAGCAGGAGUAUGCACGGGACACACUGCGUCUGCAGAGAGAUACACUGCAUGUGCUACGUGACUUUACCUCCAGUGCACUGACACUGAUGCAGGACAAAUCUAAAGGCCAUCCAUAGCACCUGCAGCUCACCUAAACGUAGUCUACACUAGUGAUGGGCAUUUUGAAUAGAUGUGUUGUCAAGUACUCAGCCCAUAAAAUGUUAUUUUAUCUUUAACAUUUUUUCAACACUUUUCAUUUAGUGUGAAGGUAUUUGUUUCACUAAAUAUCAUGCAUUUCUAUAAUAAACCUUCUUUCUAUUCCCAAAAACCACAGCUAACUGACACAAUUCUAACACAUGGGCAACAAUUGAGUCGGAAUUGUAUACUAUGCCAUGUUUUGGUGUAGCACCAUACUAUGCUGUAUAUUGCAAAAAAAAUUGCAAAUAUAAUUGCAUUCUGUUUAGUGAUUAAUAUCAAAAUGCAACUUAUUUGGUGUUAUUUAUUUACCCACAGUAAUGUUUUCUUGUCACUGAUAUUUUACUUGUUUUAUAUAGCCUGAGGUUUAUGUAAAACUGGGCAAUAUCUGGGUUGCAAGGAGCAUCUUCAGGACCAAAAUUUAGUAAAACACUUGAAUUUUCCAGAGAUUAUUAAACCACCAUAAUGUGGCAGAUGGUUAGUAUGCUAAAUGUAACCAACUUUGACACAAUAACAAAAAAUGUGAAUAAAAAUGUCAAUCAUAUAA